AUGUUGGUCGUUUUCUCAUUAUUAUUAUUUUUUCCGCACAAUUCUGCCUUAGAGAACUGGCAGAUAUACCUGUGCAACCGGUUUUCACCUCCAAAGGGCGAUAAAACUUGUAUAAUUGAUAGACAGUAAGAGCCCACUGCCAUAAUAUUUUUCCUUUCAGUCCUCUUUGGUUAGAAGGGCUUGAGCCUACCAUAGAAGAGUGGUCCAAAGCAGCUCAAGAACAUGUUCGGAUAAUGACUUCCGUGGGCGAAAACGACGUCGUGAGUAGAGCAGCCGGCGCUAACGGUGAUGAACCCGUUUUCGUUGGUUGUAGAAAACCUCACAGGCCUGGCGACAUAAAUUCGCAUUACAUAAACAGCGGCUCGUAUGUUUUGACAUAAGCUUAAUUGAUUCUAUUGUUAGAUGGAGGCCCAUUUUCAAGUACAUAAAAGGAUUUGCGGAUAAUACAGGUAAUCUGAUUGUCUUUUGGCCGUGUUCAUAAAACGCUUUCCAGUUGUAUUGAAAAACUUAUUCAAAAUUAACCGUGUGGCACCGGCCGAGAACGGAGAUCAAAUAUCUAUCAUUGAUUUACCAUUUUCAUUCCAAUGCAUCAAAGUAAGUCACCGCGUCUACGCAUCUUUCACCGCCUCACAAUUUCUUCGGGGUCGGGAUUAUGGGUGACGCAGAGUCGGGUGAUGGAAUUUUGGGGCGAGGGAAUUCUCGGAUGAUGAAGAAAAUAUUGUACUGAAGGCUACUAGAGAUAAAAAUGAGUACCCGACAACAGAAAUUCUUUUGUUUGACGGAUUGCCAUUUUUUGAAUAGAAUAUCGGAAAUCGAUUUUCAUCAUUGAUUUUUUGGAAGAUCGUUUCUUCAAAAAAAAAAUACGAUUUAUAGUUUUUAGGAUGAUGCCCUUAAACCCACUGCCCGUACACCUCAUUACUUUUAUCCUAUCAGUAUGUUGCAAACGGCCAGAAAAUCGGUGAUUGGUGACACUUUGGAGGUUUCCGAUUUGAAGAAGUCGUUGCCAAUCAAAUCUGAAGAACACAACUUGAAGGUGGACAUUGGAUGGGGCGACUGGUCUUGUUGUUCAACUUGCUGUUGCCCCAAUGAGUUCUGCAGUAUUGGUUUCGGAUUUUCGAAACACAAAUGGUACCGGUACCUUUUUUUAUUUUACUCCUCCUUCAGCGAUGCCAUUGAAAGUCGUCAAACUCGAGUUGGAUAUGUCUCGUUCAUGAAGAUAAACACUUCAGAACCUAUAGAUAUAGCCAAGAAUUUUACGGACCAUAAUCCGGAGUUAUCACCUCGUGAAAUCAAGGAGGCAAUACAAGAAUUUGAAGAGAUGUUAAUGGAUACGGUAGUCCCAUCAGUCCCCAUAUUUUCUCAUGUAUUUUUCGGAUCUGCGAAACUACGGAAAUUGGAAAAAACUUUGCAACGGGUAACUACUUUUUCCGCGUCCCGACAACUCGGGUCAACGACAACUCGGGUCAACCACACUUCGGGUCAACGACAUUUCGGGUCAACGAUGCCGUUUAAUAUUUUCGCUUCGGGACUGGGAAAAAAGAAUUUUUUGGUGAAUUUGAGAAAUUUUUGAAAUGUUUUCGCUUCGGGACGUGGAAAAGGAUUUUUUUGUUCUGAAUGUUACAAUUUUAUUUUUCAUAAGGUACGAAUGUUAUUUCUUUAAUUUUUUAGAUAAAUAGUUAUUUUAGGGGUAAUUGAGGUUUAUUUUAAAUUUUUUUUGGGAAAAUGGUGUUUAUAAGCGACGAGCAAAUAAAAAAAAAAAAAGGAUACGAUUUUCUUAUUUGCUCGUCGCUAAUACACUAUUUCCCUAAAAAAUUUAAAAAAUAAACCUCAAUUCUCCAAAAAAUAUUUUUUCCCCAGUCCCGAAGCGAAAACAUUUAAAAAAUUUUCAAAUUCACCAAAAAAUUCUUUUUUCCCAGUCCCGAAGCGAAAAUAUUAAACGGCAUCGUUGACCCGAGUUGUCGUUGACCCGAGUUGUCGCUACCCGAGUUGUCGCGACCCGAGUUGUCCCUGACCCGAAAUGUCGUAGCGCCUCGGGCGCAGCUCCAGGUUUUGACAAAAAUAUUUUUUUUUCUAAAAGCAAAUUGGCGUGUGGCCCACCCUGUAUUAUAUGUUUCAUUUCUAAAUUAUUUUAGAUAUUCCCAGAAGCACAGCGCGGAAAUGCAGAUCUGGUUGCUCCCACUGACGCAUAUCCAUUUGGCCGGUUUGGUAAGGUUAUCCAAACUCGGAUCUGUGAUGACAAAAACCCUCAAAAAACGGUAUGCGCUGAGAAUGAACGUUGCAAAAAGUUAUGGCAUCUCCGCCUUGAGUUCAAUCCCUACGCCACCAGUACUGCAAGUCCCAACACGACUAACAAUGCAUGGAAGGACAGCUGUCUGAGCGUCGACUUCACGGAUCUUGUCAUAACCGACGUCGAAGAGGAGUUCAGUGUCAUUCCUGGUGUCAAUUAUCGACUAAAUUUGGGCGAAAACUUGUUGAGCGAAGGAGAUAAUGUAACGAAAUUAUCUUGUUGUUUAUUGGUUUAGGUGUCAUGGCAGCUUGGAGCUAAUACAAUCCCGGAUUACGACUGGACAAAGAGUUGUUCGGAGCAGGACCUCGUAGUUACCCCCGACCACAGAUCCGUCAUUAUCCUUGGUAAGGAGGUAAUUUUAUUACAUAAAAGGUUCUCGAGCCGACCCGGUCGGGCCAAAAAAAUAUUUAAAUACUACCCACGACAUAAAGUCCUGAGACGUUUGCACUGUGCGUUUUUGUUUUCCUUUCGUACUCGUCGCGGCAAUUCCCCGUUUUUGCACUAGCGACAUGCACUUUCGCGCGAGUUCGCCACUUUUAUCGCGCGACACCCGCGACAAAAUGUGUCAGGACUUUAUGGCGCGACUAGUAUACACCUAAGAGAGUCUGAAAUCACAAAACAAUAUGAAAGGCAAGUUAUGGCCGUUUUAUGAUAAGGGUUAUAUGCGGCCAAAACGCCGGUUUCUUAUAUUACAGUAAUCCUGGCGGCUUGAAAUUGUCGCCAUUUUCUUACUAGUAUCCCGAAACGUUUAUCACGGUCGUUUCAUGGCUUUAUCAAUCCUUGGCUAUGAGUUAUUAGACAUUAUAAUGUCGCAUUACUGCCAUUUACAAAAAAUUGUAAAUAAAACUAGGUUAAUGGGAAAACUGGAGCAAAAAAACUUUGGAAAUAGAUUUGUAUGAUCGUCGUGGCCAUUUACAAACAAAAAUCUCAAAAUCAAAAAUUUCUUAUGUCCUAGCCUUACCGACGGUUAGGCCACUGUGUCAGCAAUAGUGUUUUGGCCGCUUUUGUAAUUUUCUCUUCGUAUUUUUUUCGAAAAAAUUAUAUUUAUAGGCCCUUGUAAAUUGAAUUAUCGUCCAGUAAUCAUAAUCGGUCAGGCUAAAGGCAUGACACCCUUGUAAUUAUACGAUAGGCAUCCCCACUCUCAUCACUAUAAAAUUUGUGGUGGUUGCAAAAAACACCAAAAACUCGAAAAAAUCCCGUAAAAAUGUAUUUUGACAGCGAAGGAACAAAAAUUAUUUAAAAAUAUCAACAUACCAUGGUUUUGUGGCAUAUAAGAGACGAAAUGCAAAAAUGUUUGCAGGGUCCGGAUUCGAAACCAGGACCUGCUUCGCCGAAAGUGGGGUCACUACCACUCGGCCAACUGGACACAGCUCUGUUGCUGUUCCAAGAGCUUAUAAAUUGCCGCCGAAAUUAGGCUAAAAUCUGUAUUUUAGCCAUAACUUUGCCCAAACAUAUAUUGGGCAGCUAAUUUUUUUUGCGCUGUGCACUAUUUUUAAUGCUCUUUUAAAUGAUAUAGGUUUCGUUAAGAAAGCAGGGUGCAACUAUUUGCCGAUCCCGUGUUAGGCAUUUCUUGGCUGGGAGCUCUCCAGCCAAGAAAGCGGGACUCUUGAAAGACGAAAUAUAUUAGAUCGCACCAUCUUUACAUAUAUAUAUAUAUAUAUUUUGGGUUUAGGGAUCACAGAAGACUUUCAACACGUUGUAAUUGCGGCUUCAAUGUCUUCAAAAAACACAUCCAAGGAUUAUUUUGUCAAAUUUUCUGUUGUUUUGUAUGUGUCUUAUUUUUUAGUCUUGUGUUAAUGCAAUGUAAUAAUUUUUAGACCUGAAUUACCAUCCGAACACAAAGUAAAAAUCGUCCAAUGGGCCAUAGUUGGUGGAGGUAUGUAUGUUUGAUGCUCAUAAUGUUGGAUAAUCUCCUAUAUACGCGUUACUAAAUAUAUUGCCUUCAGGUGUGAUCCUCGUUCUAGUUGGUCUGGUUUCGUUCCAAAUUUAUUAUGAGUUACAAAAGAAACGAAAACUAAAGAAAGAAUCAGUAAGGGAUAGUAGUUACUAACUUAUUAGUCUUUAGGAGGCAGAGGAACCGGCAGAACAGAAUGAAGAGGCUGGAGGACUUCCAGAUGGUGCAGCCCCGUCUAAUGUGCCCCCUCUUCCGAUUGAAACCGCCAAAGCUGAAGCCGUUGGUGUAUGA